AUGCCAGGAAACUCAAGCGAAUCUCCGGCAAUCCUUAAAGCUGCCUAUAGGUCUCCUACUGACUCCAAGGACUUCAAGCAGAGUCUUACUGCCCCUCGUCAUGAGGGCGCGAAAUCUCUCGACACCGAAGCAAAAUCGAAAUACCUCGCCGAGCUACGAGCAUCGAGCAAGAAACUACAAGAUGAGAUCAAUAAGUACUUGACAGAAAAGAUGGAGGAAGACAAAAAGGCGCAGGGACAAGCCGGUGUUACCGGAACUUCGAGACCUGACGAGCUCGAGGAGGAACACUAUGGUGAAGAAGCCGGCGACGACGACACUUGA